CACACAAACAACAUUUGCUAUGUUUUCUUCUUUAUAAUUCUCAUACCAACCCAUCCAUUUGAAAAUUCAAUUCACGUUUCUUAAAUCCAGUGGGCGCCCAUAAUAAAAACCAAACCCGACCCAUUUCAUUAUAUCUACCCAUCUUGAAAUUACCCAAAUUACCAUCUUCCAUUACUAACGAAAAAAAAAAGAAAAAAAAUCAUAAAUCCCUUAAUUGAUCAGAAUUUAAAUUCUGAUUAAGGGUUUUUGAGAUUUAUCAAAGAUCUAAAAUGGGUUUUCGGGUUUUAAUUUUUUAUUAUUUCCUCUGUUUUUUCUUGGUUUUUCCCAAUUUUUCCAUACAGUCUUCAAACAUACGAAAAAUACGCGAAUCAGUGAUUAGAUUGCCAAAUGGCGAUUCUUAUGGUCACCCUUUUAAUCCCACCCGGGUCACUCAAAUUUCAUGGCAUCCCAGGGCUUUUUUGUAUAGAAAUUUUUUAACAGAUGCAGAGUGUGAUCAUCUUAUUCAGUUGGCAAAGGAUAAGCUUGAGAAAUCUAUGGUUGCUGAUAAUGAAUCCGGUAAGAGUAUUGAAAGUGAGGUUCGAACGAGCUCAGGGAUGUUUCUUAAUAAAGCUCAAGAUGAAGUAGUAGCUGGUGUUGAAUCAAGGAUUUCUGCCUGGACGUUUCUUCCUGUUGAAAAUGGAGAGUCUAUGCAAAUAUUGCAUUACGAACAUGGUCAAAAAUACGAGCCUCAUUGGGAUUACUUUCAUGAUAAAGCCAAUCAAGCGUUGGGUGGUCACAGGAUUGCCACCGUGCUAAUGUAUCUUUCUAAUGUACAAAAGGGUGGGGAAACUGUGUUUCCUGAGUCUGAGAUUAAAAAAUCUCAACCCAAAGCUAAUGAAGAUUGGUCAGAAUGUGCCAAAAAAGGUUAUGCAGUGAAACCGAGGAAAGGUGAUGCAUUGCUGUUUUUUAGCCUUCAUCCCAAUGCUACAACUGAUGCAUUGAGCUUGCACGGAAGCUGCCCGGUCAUAGAAGGUGAGAAAUGGUCUGCAACAAAAUGGAUCCAUGUUAGGAACUUUGACAAACCAGACAACACAAGUGACGAUUGCAAGGACGAAAACGUGAAUUGCCCAACAUGGGCUGCUAGUGGUGAGUGCCAAAAGAAUCCCGUCUAUAUGGUGGGGUCUGCUGAAGGUGUUGGGUAUUGUAGGAAAAGCUGCAAAGUAUGUUAGUAGAUACGGAUUUCCCGUUCUUAUAUUAUAUAGUGUCUGUCCUUAUUUCUUUUCAUAUCCCCAAUAUCGUAUGAAAAUUUGGGUAUAAACGGAGUCACUGUAUGUAAGCUGAGUUGUGGGGAUAUGGAAAAAGCAAAUAGAUAUAUAAGUUGAAGUUUUACAGAAAAUGGAAACCAACUAUCUUUUCAUGAA